AUGAGCAAGCGUCCUCACGAAGAUUCCGUCUUCUCAAAGACCGCCAACUUCCUGGAACGAUCCGCUUCGACGCCAGGAAAUAGUAUAUCUAUCAACGAGCUGUUGUCCAACUCAGAGGAGGCAGAGGCAGAUCAUUCCGAGACUCAUGCUCGCAAGCCAAGAAAUUUUAUCGCAUCCGUGGCGUGCGAAAACUGUCGUCUUAAAAAGACAAGAUGCGAUGAAUCACGGCCAAAAUGCGGGCUAUGCAAAGCCCUAAACCUGGAAUGCGUCUACAGUGAACGUAAACUGUCCAAAAAGGACCAGUCCAUUGGAAUGAUCAUAAGCACAUUACAUCGCAUUGAGACGAAGCUAGAGAAUCUUCCGUCCGUGAUUUCCAAUGAUAUUCGACCUAUCACAGGUCAUGUCUUGCAGGCAGUGGAGGCUAUUCAAGCAUCUGCAUCAACCACAGCGGCUGGGACUCCAAGUGCGAGGACGUCGUCGCAUAAGUUUUCGUUGUCACAGAAUACCUCGCCGGCUGCGACCAAUCUGCUUGAGGCGGAAACACAGGGAUCAGCGGACGGUAAAGAAAUCAUCUCAUUCAGCCAGCAUGGAGUCGUGGUUUGGCCGGGAAUCAUCGAACGUCUACCGCAUGAUUUCCUAAGUGUCUACGAGCAAAUCGGAAGGAACUAUGUUCUCGACGUCGAGCUAGAGAGGCCACCUCUUCCCAUGUGGGUGAAUUCGCCAUUUGGGUUACCGAACACUGGCAAUUGGCUAGAAGAGUUGCCCUUCGCGCUUGUAAAAGGGUUAUGCGAGGCGUUCUUUUCGUUGUUUCACCCAUUUACUCCAUUCAUGGACAAACACUUCUUCUUCUCACUUACGCUCGGCACUGUCAUCAAACAUGGCUUUUCCACGACGAUCGAGACAUGUUUGGUGUUGAAUGUGAUGGCGUUGGGCUGUUUAGCCGUGCGCGCGUACGAAGAAGCGGAUUUCCCACUACCGGGCACGAUGGGCGAUCAUUUUGAGCGACCUGCUUGGUUUGAAGCAGUGCUGGAAGAUCCACCUGGAUUGUCGUUCUUCAACGAGGCUCGGAAACGGAUGGGCUUUCUCAUGGAGAAGAACAACUUGUCUAGUUGCCAGUACUAUCUUUUAUCAGCAAUGUACUAUACGCAGAUUAUUCGACCACUUGAUUCUGGUGCAAUGCUUAAUAGAGCCGCUACUUGCUUGUGUUUCAUGUUAGCGAACCGCGAUAUAAAUUACAAUGAAUGGGAAGGUGACAUGAAGUCCAGGGUAUUCUGGAACACAGUCAUGUACGAGACGAUCCUCGUGCAGGAGCUAGAUCUUCCGCCCAGUGGUCUGUUGUCUCUUGAAGACAACGUCCCCAUUCCGAAAUUCAUUCCAUUUAAACUAUCCUCAGAGAUCACGCGAUUGCCGGAUCCAGAUGAGUCGUACUACCAUCAAUGUCAUUUUCUGGCACAAAUCGCAAACCGGAUCAUUCUUACUCGAAUCCGACAUAGUCUAUACUUAUUCUCCGAAUCCGGAAACCUCCCUCGCCCAGCCGUCAGCAUAGAACUCCACAAACAAGUCGAAGAAUGGCGCAAAAACCUUCCCUCAGUAAUCCAAUUCUCCGAGAAAAACUCAGACACUACUCUAAAUGAUGACCGCUCCCCUUCCAUUAGCGGCACACCACGAACCCCGACUUCACUGGCAGUGUUAGUCGCUGACUCGAUGCUUCGAGCCCGCUAUCGAAUCUGCAAGUUUCACAUUGGCCGACCAUACCUAUACAAAGCGCUGAGAACACCAAAUCUCCUGACGGAUGAGGAUUAUGAACAGAUCCGAAGCGGACUCCGGUUCGCUAUGGAUUGGCCUAUGAUUAGAGGCGUUUUUAGGCUGAUGAGAAGUUGCAUUCCUAUCAGAUUCGCUUUUUGUUCGCAAUUCUUCGGCCAGCUACUCAUCUUCCACGGCAUAGCAAACUCAGAUGAGCCACGAUUGCGUGCGACUUUGCCCCCUGGUUGGGAAAGGUGGUACGACGAGAUGGUGGAGUUUCUAGAAUAUUGUUCCGCGUACAGUCCUGCUAUUAGUCGGGAUAUGGAUCUUGUUCGGCUUUUAUAG